AUCAAAAUAUAAUCAGAUAUAACUACUUUAUUAUAACAUCAUUAACUAGUCCAAUACUUAUAUACACUUCCUUGAAAUACCUCAAUAAAGUGUCAAUUAACUCCCAUUUUCCCCACUUUUCUACUUCCUUUUUUCAUCAAAUUAAAACCCGCUCUUUAACAAAUAUAAUAACAACUAUAAAGCCCAAUGAAAACCCUAUAAAAUCUCAAAUCCAUCUGAAAAAGAAGUGUUAGCCAAUAAGAAAGGAGCUAUCAAGGUGUAGUGAUUUGAUUGAAGCACACACUUGAAAAAGUACAAGAGCCUUUUUCUUAUCAGUUAUUACAGCAUUUUAUCACUCUCAAGUAUACUAACUCCAUUGUCAACUAAAUAAACAUAUUUCAAAUUUGAAAACAAGUACUUGCCAAAAAAUAAACAAUUGCCAGUUCAGUACUUUUCAACCAAAACCCUCUUGAAAACUUCUACCCAUUUUUUCAUUCUUCAAUAUGUCUGAAACACUUUCUGAAAAUAAAACUGAUCUCGAAUCACCAACUUUGGGAAAGUCUGGAUUUUCAAUUGCCGACAUUCUGAACUCAAAAACUUUGAACCUGCAAGAAACUCUCAAAAACCUGUCAAAGGAUCUCACGAUUGCAACUUCUGGUCCUGAACUAAGUUGGGGGAAAAAUUUUCCGAUUUCGCCGAUCAGUUCGAUUCCCGUUUCUGGGACUCCAACAAGUGCUUCCAAGAAUCAGUUUCCAGGAGUGCCGGGUCUUCAUAAUAAUCCGGCGCUCAGCGGGUUGCACCCACUGCUUGCGUUGCCGCAAGCAGAGGUACUCUUGCAACAAUCGGGACUCCUGAAGGGCCUCUCAGGACAUGCAGGGUCCCCAGGAGUAGGGUUACCGCCAGUAUCAGGACCGGCUUCAGUGUCCGGGUUGACCCCUACAGCUCUCGGUGGGCAGUUUGUUCAACCGGCAGAUAUUCAAUUGAAUGAAUCAGCAGCGGCAGCUUUGUUGCGGUGGUACUCGCCUUGGGCUCUGUUGUCGGGCCAAAAUGGAAUGAUGCCUCAAAACUCCAGUCCGAUUUUCCAGCAGCACUUUGCAAACAAUCUGCAACAAUUGACAAACAAUUUUGCUCAGAAACACGCCAAUGACGGAGUCGGUAAACUACCUUUGAUGCCUGGAUUUGUUGAAUUGGGAGCAGGUUUGGCCUCUAAAUCCAGUGGAGUAAUCCCACCGAAAACAUCCCAAUAUACAUCUAGCAUACACACCCCUACGACUCCUCUUGCCGCUCUUUCGAACCCGAAAUCACUCGACAUCACCAGCGUCGUAUCGACUCUUGCAGCGAGUCAAAUUCGAGGUGGAGACCAUUCGUCUACCGGAAACCGUGCAAAUAAUCAGAGCAACUACAAACAAAACAACCGCGAGGACAGUAACAAUAGUCACGUGCGAGAUUUUGUGGGCCACGUGACAAACCACGUGACCAAUCAGAGUAUCCGAGGAUCUAAAAGUGCAACGACUGUAGGUGCGCACCGGGGCGAUGGCACUGCGAGUCAUCAGGACGAUAACGAUGAUGACGAAAUGAUGAAUCAAGACGCGUGUUCUGAUUUGAUUGAGGAUAGCGAUGACGUCAUAAUGGGGGGAAUGGGUGGAGUGAAUGAUGAGAGUGGGGGAGAUGGUGAGGAUGAGCUUGACGAUGAAGAGGGGGAGAAGAGAAAGAAGAAGACAAGGACAGUGUUCAGCAGGAGUCAGGUGUUCCAGCUGGAGUCCACUUUCGACGUCAAGAGAUAUCUCUCCAGUAGUGAGAGGGCCAACUUGGCCAACAGUCUUCAUCUCACUGAAACUCAGGUAAAAAUCUGGUUUCAAAACCGUCGCAACAAAUGGAAGCGACAAAUCGCCGCUGAAAUCGAAGCUGCCAACGCGUCUGCAGUGCAAGUAGGUUCGAAUCCUGGCAGCGCCACCGCUCAACGACUUGUUCAAGUCCCUUUGCAAAUGUAUGGCCAUCACGCAUCGGCGGGAGGUGCCCCGAACCCACACACUGUUUUACCCAACCCAGUUUCGUCAGUAAGUUCGGCCGACCUUCAAGGUCUCAAAAACUCUCUUCUAACUUCAUCAAAUGGAGGCACUAAUCAAGCAGCUCUGAUUGGUCAAUUGCACGCAGCGGCGGCCGCUAAUUACCAAGCAGGUAUUGCAGCGGGUAACCCUUACUACCCAAGUUCAAUCGGAGCUGUAAUGGCGGCCAUGGCUAGACAACAUCAACAUCAACAAAGUCAACAACAACAACAAAACUUGAUACCAGUCACAACUGGCGUUAAUACAACGUCAUCCUCUAAUAUUUUGUCAUCUGUAGUAACAAGUGCGAGUUAAAAUUUUGUAAUGAAUUUUAUAAUUUUCAAAAUGUAUCGGCAAUAUUCAUAUUUGAAAACAUAA